CUCGCGGCCCCUGGCCCAAACUAACCCGUUCCGAUGUCGACAAGGGCGGCACGCACAGAGCGAGGUAAAUACAGUACCGCGCUCCUAUAUAGGCGUCCCGGGACGGAAAUAUCUGCCCAUGUACAUCUAGAUCUAGGAGUGAUUCACUGAUUCCCCAAUCCCCACCGACGAAUAAGCACACGCACCGAGCAAAGGAGCGGCUUUCUUCUUAUCCGGUUCUACGCGCGCGGGCACACGCUCGAUCGGGCCGAUUGAUCCACCCAUCAGUCGAUCGUGAGCUUUCGUUCAUGGGCAGCGAGUGCAAGGGCCACCACCAGGUCCAGGACGACGAAGCCGGCGGCCCGGGCGCCAUCGCGCCGUUCGUGGCCAAGACGUUCCACAUGGUCAGCGACCCGGCCACGGACGGCGUCGUGCGCUGGGGCGGCGCGAGCAACACGUUCCUCGUCCUCGACCCCGCCGCCUUCUCCGACCUCCUCCUCCCCUCUUACUUCAAGCACCGCAACUUCGCCAGCUUCGUCCGGCAGCUCAACACCUACGGUUUCCGCAAGGUCGAUCCGGACAGCUGGGAGUUCGCGCACGAGUCGUUCCUGCGGGGGCAGGCGAAGCUGCUGCCGCUGAUCGUGCGCAAGAAGAAGAAGGCCGGGGCCAGGGGGGAGCUGUGCGAGGAGGAAGAAGAGGUGAGGGGCACCAUCCGGGCGGUGCAGAGGCUGCGGGACGAGCGGAAGGGCAUGGAGGAGGAGCUUCAGGCCAUGGACCGCAGGCUCCGCGCGGCCGAGAACCGGCCCGGCCAGAUGAUGGCGUUCCUCGGCAAGCUCGCCGACGACCCGGGCGUCGUGCUGCGGGCCAUGGUCGCCAAGAAGGAGGAGCUGUCCGCCGCGGCCGGCGGCGGCAAAGAUUCCAGCAGCCCCCAGAAGAGGAGGCGGAUCAUCGGGGCCGAGGCCGGGCGCGGCGGCGCCGUGUCAGCGGCUGACGCCGCGGAGAGCAGGGCCGUGCCGUUCCCCUUCUCUGCUCUUGGCCAAGUGUUCUACUAGUGGACCUGCGAGGACUAGAUAGAUAGGUGCAAACGUGUUACGUGUGCUGUUUAUGCGGUCGUAUGACUUUCACUUGGCUUAGUGCCUUUGGUUUAUGUGACUGGUGAACAUAUGGUUAUGCUGCAGGUAGAAGAGUUCGGUAUAUAUGUUUAGUCGUUCCCGGCCUUCAGGAUACGUAGAAAUGUGGAAUGUAUUUGUAUAUUGUCAGAUGCCCGAUGUAUGCUUGUAGUUUGUCCAUCGUACGUAUGACGUACGGCUAGAUUGCUACUCCUGUACUCUAGAGAUCACGGCUGAUUUGGGCAAUUCAGAGUUGACACAGAA